AGCAUGUCAACUGAAAAGAGUUUCGCUAAAGGAAGUGCUGCACCGGGCCCAGUCCCAAAAGAUCAAAUCAGGAUUUACAGCAUGAGAUUUUGCCCUUUUGCCCAGAGGACCAGAUUAGUGCUGCACGCCAAAGGGAUCAAGCAUGACACUGUCAACAUCAACCUGAAAGACAAACCGGAUUGGUUUCUUGAGAAAAACCCUCUUGGGCUUGUCCCAACUCUGGAGACACCUGCUGGUGAAAUUAUAUACGAGUCUCCCAUCACCUGUGACUACCUGGAGGAAGUGUACCCUGAAAAAAAGCUGCUGCCCUCCUCUCCUUUUGCCAAAGCUCAACAAAAGAUGAUGUUGGAGCACUUUUCCAAGGUAACUCCAUACUACUACAAAAUCACAGCAGGAAGGAGGAAUGGUGAUGAUGUUUCAGGUCUGGAAGCUGAGCUGAAAGAGAAGUUUGCCAAAUUAAAUGAGGACUUGUUGAAAAAGAAGACCAAGUUUUUUGGUGGCGAUUCCGUCACAAUGAUCGACUACAUGAUGUGGCCGUUCUUUGAGAGGAUGGAGAUCUUGGAGAUGAAAAACCCCCUGGAAGAUGCCCCUGAGCUAAAGAAGUGGGUGGAGCGCAUGUUGGAGGACCCGGCUGUUAAAGCUACAAUGCACAGUGGGGACACCUACAGAGCCUUCUACAAGACUAUCGCUGAUGGGAAACCAGACUAUGACUAUGGCUUGUAG